CGCUGAUUUCGCAGUCAGUCACCAAGCGAAAUUCGAAGCUAGAAAUUCGAGCGAUUUCAAAGCGAUUCUAUAUAAGCAAGUGCUUUUAAUUCUCUGUAAUUCUCUGUAAUUCUCUGUAAAAGGAGUUUGAAGUUUAUUAAAGAGAAAGGUAGAAAUGGCUUUGGUAUCGAGAGACCUUUUCCGAAACUGGUGGGAGGACAUGGACCGCUACCACCGGGAAAUGGAGGAACAUUUCAAACGUUUGAGUACCAGAGAUGACUUUUUGCCACCACCAUCACUGCCGUCUUUCAAGGAAUUUUUCCGCCCAUGGAAGAACAUGAUGGAUCAAAUACAAGAAGUUGGUGGUCAGGCGACCGUCGAACGAGACCAAAACAAAUACCAAGUGAUCGUAGACGUACAGCAAUUCGCACCAGAAGAAAUCACGGUUAGGACGGACGAUAAAUACAUCACCGUUGAGGGUAAACACGAAGAGAAACAGGACCAGCACGGCUAUGUGUCGAGGCAUUUCGUGCGUCGAUACAUGCUUCCACAGGGAUAUGAUAUUGGUCAUGUGAAGCCAAGUUUGUCGUCCGACGGUGUUCUCACCAUUACAGCACCAAGACUUGCCCUGCCAGCACCUGGUGAAAGAAUCGUACCGAUCGAACGAAGCAGGGGACCGGCGAUCAAAGCAUUGUAAUUUGCUAAUUGCAAUAUAAUGCUGUUAUCGUUUGUCGUCAAAACUUCAUUGUAUAUUCAAUUCAUAAACCCUCCAAAACUCUUAUUUCUAAGCACUGGACAUUUCUCGGUUUCUUAAUUUAGUCGCGCGUGAUUCAUUUGUGAUUUAGUUACUUUGUAACGUGAUUUUAUUCUUCAUUUUUCUGGUAUGAGUGGGAUUACAUCGUGAAUGCUUCUAUAGAAUUUACGAAGUGUUGUUAGUGUAAGGGAAGUGUGUAACAUAAAAUGUGCAUCCAUGUGAAUAAGUCUCACUAGGAGGUAUUAUCAAUGUAGCUAUAAUCUGAUUAAUCUGUCAAGUUCUUAUUUUCGUUUUAUUUUAAAUAUUACUGAUACUUA